CACUUUGAAUGAAACAGAAAGCAAGAACGACCCAAGUUCUUACGAUUCUAGUGACCAAUCAGAGCGUCGCGAGACGUUUGAGUGACGUGAGUGGCAGCCAAUCAAAGACGAGCCGUUGCUUGCGGGGCGGUGACUAAUCAUGCUUUGUGUUGUAGGCAGCAAGUGUCGGUCUCAUAAUCGCUAACGAAAUCGAAUAAUUCACUCAGGCUGCCGCUUCAGAAUGAAGACCUUAGUAGUAUUCGACUUUGAUCACACUAUAGUGGAUGACAACAGCGACACAUGGGUGAUCCGCUGCACUCCCGAGCAGACGUUACCAGACUGGCUGAAGAAGUCAUACCAGAAAGGCCUGUGGACCGAGUAUAUGGGUCGAGUCUUGACCUACAUCGGAGAGCAGUCCGUCCAGCCGGAGCACAUGCGCGCGGUCAUGGAGAGCAUCCCGCUCACCGACGGCAUGACCGAGCUCCUGACCUUCAUAUCAGAGAAUAAGAAGGACAUCGACUGCAUCAUAAUCUCCGAUUCCAACAGUAUCUUCAUAGACUGGGUUUUGCAUGCAUCAGGGUUGAAGUCUGCUAUAGAUGACGUCUUCACCAACCCUGCCAGCAUCGAUGCACGCGGAUAUAUGAGCGUGCGCUGCUUUCACGCGCAUGACUGUCAGCAAUGUCCCGUAAACCUGUGCAAGAAGAGGGUACUGCAGGAUUUCAGAGAGAAGCAAGCUAAGGCUGAUGUGCAUUAUGAGAGGAUUUGCUAUAUAGGAGAUGGAGGAAAUGACUUUUGCCCCGUUCGAGAAUUGAAAGAAGGGGAUAUUGCGAUGCCUAGGAAAGGAUUCAGCCUAGAGAAACUGCUAUGCAAAGCCAUUUCAGAGGGUUCAGAAGCACUGCCUGCGAAAAUCAUGCCCUGGACUAGUGGCAAUGAAAUCCUCAGGGAGUUAAGAGCUCUAAUUGAGUAAUAUAGUAUUAUAGGCAAUAUUGUGGCAAAUUACAGACUCACUGAACUAAUCACAUGUUUAUUCUGCACUAAAUGCAUCAUGUGCAUGCAUGUGCAUCCUAUUAUAGCUCUUUCCCCCCUUAAUCUACUUGAUAAACUAAUUUCGGCACGGUGUAAUAUCUGUCAGAAUUAAGUUUAUGUUUUGGUUUCAGUGCACUUUUUAAAAUGUAAUUUUUUUUAACAGAUUUACAUAUAAUUGUUUUGACAGUAAUUUUAAAUCUCUUUGAGAUUUAAAUCAUAGUAUAAGCUCACUGUUUGGAUUUAUAUAACAAAUAACUUAACAGUUUGAGGUGCUUAAUAUUUAAUCCACUGAGGUUUGCUGCAGAACAUUAAAAUGAACAAAUGUAAAUGUUUUAACAUGCUGACUAAAUAUUUAUUCUAAAAUUUGCACAAUGAAAAUCCUAUCUAUAAAUACUAUGCCAAUGAAUACCAUUAUUGUCAUGCAGCCUGAAUGUGACUCUAAACCUUUAACACUGCAGUUUGGUACUACUAUGAAAUGAAAAUAGUUUAAUAUUUCAAUGCAGAAGAUAUAAUACGAACCAUAUUAUUUUUAUUAUUAGAAACCCUAAUCUGCAUGUUAGUAACAUAUCCACAUCUAUACAGUGGACCCCAAAAGUCUGAGACCACCAGUAGGUUUCUUGUUUUUUGGGUUAUAGUAUUAUUUUUUAAUUAUAUUUUAUUUCUAUUUUGAAGUUGAUUAUAUAUUACAAAUAAUUAAUGAAAUAAAAUAAAAAUAUUGGUGUUGUUAUUAUUAAUAUUAUUGAAACACUUCAAUGUGGUGUCAGACUUUUGGACCCCACUGUAUGUUUCAGUGAUGUUUCAAAAGCCAGCAGGGUCACAGUUACUCAUGCCGAGUCCUGAUAACAGCAGUUUGGAGUCAGACGUGGCGCUCUUGACUUUAGAUAAACUGUGUGGUGAACGUUUGUUCCUGAAUGCGCUUGAAUUUUAGAUGUGUAUUGUAAAUGCAGCCUGAUUCUUGAUUCAGAGUGUUGUAUUCAAAGCAGAGAUGAAUGGAGAACAGGAACUCUAGUAUUGGCUUAUAAUAAAUGAAAAUAAAGUUUGCAUGUCAUAAAAGUUCGUUCAUAUGACCGGAGCAUCGCCAUAUUCUCCUAAACUGGCACCUUGUUCCUGUUAAUGUUUAAAACAAAUCUUGUGUCCUUUGUACUUGUGACACACAGGCCAUGCACAUGUUUAGUGUCUGAUUAUAAAGUAAUAAAUUACCCAGUCAAAGUUA